CGCCCCCUCUCCUUCCUGACCGCAGGGGCCUGAGGCUCGUGCCGCAGCUCCCUCAGCCGCCAUCCAGCUCCCACCCAGCCCCACUGACGUGCUUCUCUCUCUUUCAGACCAUGGUUUCGGCAGCUUUCUAUUUCCUGGCGUUUUUGGGCAUAGUCAUCAGCCCACAGAAAGUCGGGGAUGAAUUGGAUGAAGCUACAAAUGCGCGCAUGCGGCGGUAUGCGGAGGAGAUGCAAGAACGCAUGGCGCAGCUCCUGUUGGAAAUUGAGGCGCUAGAGAAGCAGCAGAGCUCGAUGCAUAUGGGAGCCCUGCUCUUAUCUGCCACACAGUACUGGCAGUUCUGGGCCGGUGUUGUUGUUGCUCUCCUGUUUAUUUGGAACGUGUGGCUGCUCCUUAGAGAUAUCCCAGAACAUGGCAGUGAGGAGGAGAGCUCCAGCAGUGAAGAGGAGGAAGUGAGAGUACCACCACCCCCCAAUGAUGCAAGAGAUCUGCCCAGAUUUAUAGCUGAGCGUGUCUACUGGCCAUUCCCGGAUCCGACCGUCAGAUGCGCACUGGUGGAGGAGAUUGUGGGAGACCUCCUGCAUAUCUUUGACUCAGUCGUCCUAAGUAGUUUCUUCCCGAAUCUGCAGCGAGCCAUCGGAGUGGGCGGUGCCUUUGAAGGUUGGAAUCCCCACAUGAAGGAUCCUGUCUACCGCCUACUUGUGCCCAUGACAGCACCCCGUGGGCACUCCUUCCACCUGGAGCUGGGCAAUGAAGAGGAUCUGCUGGCGAGGAAGUCCUCUAUCCGUGUGGAGCUGGAGUGCACGUGCGAGAGGGAGCAGGACUUUGGGGACAUGCUGUGCUUCCUCCACCAUUCUGAGGAGGAGCUGAAAAAGCAGGAGCCGAGCCUCCUAAGCACCCUCUGCACCGACUCCUACCUCGAUGCGGAGAAGACUGCAAGGUGGUUCCAGAACUUUGUGAAAUCAGCCUGGGUGCUUAUGCCUCAGUCACAGGUUUACAAUGUAGAAGUGCUGCCUUCCACCCGCACGUGCAAGUUCCAGCUGACAGGUGCUGCCAGGAGAAGACUCACAAUUGAAAUAGUAUUUGGGGUGCAGCAAGAGGAUUCCGAUAUCUUCCUGAGCAGCCAGAUGAGAAAGGACACCUCCAUCCCCAGCACAACAUGGCCACAGAGCUGUUCAGUUGCAGAAAGGAAGUUCUUCCAGCAUGUGGCCAGAGAAGGCAUGUUCAACAGCAUACACCUCAAGUGCAUGCAGGUCUGUGCCCAUUUGGUGGAGGGCACAGUCUUUCCCACCUAUGUCGUCAAGACUAUUGUCAUGCACCUCCUGACCAACAUCCCCAUGGCAAUGUGGCACAAGACGGAUUUUCUGCUUCGGAUGGAUAAUAUAAUGCGGUGCCUGCGUGGCUGUGUGAGGGAGAAGCGCCUCGACCACUUCUUCUUUGGCAAUGAGAUGGUGCCCGAUGUGAUUGUCCUGCCACCAUCCUUCCAAAAUUCUGAGCCAAUCAACCUCUUCGAGCAUCUGAAGCGGAACCAAUAUGCCAGAGCUGAUGCACUGCAGAAGUUCGAGGUGGUGCGAGAGCGGCUCAGAAGACUGAUAACCUACGGACAUGAAAGAAAACAUCGUGCACGGCGAAGGCGCCGUGCUGAUCGCCAGUGAUGAACUGCUAGCAUGCUGUGGAGAGACGGACCUCAUGCAGCUCCAGAGGCUUGACACCAACCACUCCUGAUACCACCUGGGCUUGGAUCCUCCUUAUUUUGGGACAGUGGGAGCUUCCCCUUGUCUGCUUAACAUACUGAAGACAGCAAAGUGGUUCCAGGAACUGGUGACAGAAGCCUGGGUGGCUGCGCCUCAGUCAUCCUAACUCCAGCUAACGGUGCUGCCCUCCACCCGCUUCUGCAAGCUCACGCUCCAUCGAGAUGAUGCUUGGGGUACAGCAAGACAACUCAGACCCCUUCAUGAGCUUCGAGUAGGCAGAGCGCGUUGUUAGCAGCAGCAUGAAGUGGCCACAGAGCUGCGCUGUGCCAGACAUGCAGUUCUUCAGGACACACGUAGGCAUGGUCGGCACAACACCUUCCACGUCGGACAUCUGCAGCUCCGUGACUGUAUCCUCUUAGGCGCCAACUUUGCCACCCAUGCCUUGAAGACAGCUGUCACGCACCUCCUGACCACCAUCCCCUUGGGAAGCAUGCACAGGAGGGAUUUCCAGCCCCAAAGCCAGCAAUGAUUGUGGCAGCUAUGAAGAUGCCUGACGGACAUCCUGCUUGCCACAUGCCUCGGAGCUGAGCAUGCUGGACAUGGAGAAGAUGCUGCUCAGUUGGCAGUGGGAAUUGCUCCUCCGUGUUCUCUCCACAGCAAAACCACCCUUGCGGGAGGCUGAAAGCAGAGGCUUUGUUACCAGCUGGACAGCGACUACCCAGCCUCUCGGGAAGCGUUCAUUCACCACCGAAGCUUUGACCUCUGCAAAAAUACCAAUACUUUGCUUAUUUGAACAAUGCUGUGUGUGUGAGUGUCUGUAUCACUCUUGGUGAGGACAGGCGGGCAUGAGAUGCUGACAGCUUGGCUGCCACAGCAUCGGGGAGCAUUUAGCUGUGGAGCUGAUCCAAUAAGCUUCUUCUCUCCCAGCAUCAAAGGCAUUAACUAACACAUUUUCUGAGGCAUUAACAAAAGCCUUAGAAAAUGAAGUAGAAUACUCUAAGAUUUAUAAGCAAUUAAUUGAAGAUGUAAAUGGAAAAUGUUAUCUAGAGGUUUAACACAAAUAAAUAAUGGGAGAGUUGUGAUACCACGUUGUAUUAGAUGGUUAUUGGAGAACAUAGUAAAGCAUGCUGGGGAGCUGAAAUAUUAUAACAGUUUUUAAGUAGAAAAUGGAUUGGCCCUCAUUUGUCAGACAAGUAUCGCAACAAGGUGUCAUAUGUCUUAAAAAGAAUCCACAGAUGGGAAUCAACCCCCAAAUAUGAACAAUAGGGAAGGGAAACAUUCCUGGGAAACAGUGGCAAAUUGGUUUCUUAGAAGUCCCAAGAAAAGGGGGGUUCAGAUGCCUAUUGAUACUAACAGACACCUUUUCCAGAUGGCCAGGAGCAUUCCCAUGUAGAACUAACAAAGCCAGAGAAGUGUCCAAAGUAUUGUUGAAUUACAUUAUUCCGAGAUUUGGUGUACUCUCAGUAAUGUCAUCUGACAGGGGACCACACUUCAGUUCAGAACUGACCCAACAAGUCAGCGAAGUGCUGGGGAUUGACUGGCAACAACACACUCCGUAUGGGCCACAGGCAAUAGGCCAAGUGGAAACAAAUGAAUCAUUUGAUAAAAGAGCAGAUUGCUAAAAUCUGUCUAGAAACCAAUAUGUAUUGGUAAAACUAAGACCCUUAGAGAUAUUCUAUGGCAGUCCUUACCAAAUGCCAUACAAAUGAGAAGAUCUAACCCAAGUAGGAAACCAAUAUUUGCAACAACAACAACAUACAGUUUUGGGCAAGCAACUAGAACAGAUCAAUGUGAUAUAUGGAGUAAUAAUUCAUGUCAAGAAGAUGGUUGAUAUUAAUAAAGAAGGGGGAGAUGUG